GGCGUUUCAAACGCAGCGUCAGUCGCAUGUGUGCUAAAGCAUCUUAGCAUUCUCGAGAAUAAGUUUUUGAUAGUAUUCAGACAUUUUAGCCUCUAGCUAUUUAAGCCUAAUGUGUACAGACGUCUCCACGUUAUGCAGGAAAAGGAGAGUCCAAUAAACCUUAUGACUGUUAAACCCCGUUUAGGCGUCUUGAAAAUGCUACUGUUCUAGUGUUAGCUAGGUUCCCUUAGCUUAUCCUUUCAGAAGAAUGGAAAAUAAAAAAGAGAAAACGUUUGAGUUUGUGGUCGUGGGGGGCGGCAUCGCAGGCGUGACGUGUGUUGAGCAGCUGUCGUCCCAGAUUCCGUCCGCUGACGUGGCUCUGAUUACUGCAGGUCCCCACAUCAAGGCAGUGACCAACUACAGACAGGUGGCCAGGACACUGGAAGAGUUUGAUGUGGAGGAGCGACCAUCCAGUGUUCUGGAGGAAAAAUUCCCUAACCUGACUAUCAUCCGUUCUGCUCUCAAAUCCCUCCACACAAAGUCACAUUGUGUGGAAACUGCAGAUGGCCGGGUUUUUGGUUAUAAGAAGCUGUGUAUCUGCAGCGGUGCCAGACCCAAGCUGCUAACCCAGGACAACCCUUAUGUGCUGGGGAUCCGGGACACAGAUAGCGCUCAGGAGUUUCAGAAGCGGCUAUCCAAAGCUAAGAGGAUUGUUAUUGUUGGAAAUGGAGGAAUUGCCUUGGAAUUAGUGAAUGAGGUGGAGGGCUGUGAGGUGAUCUGGGCUGUGAAGGACAAGGCCAUAGGAAACGCCUUUUUUGAUGCCGGAGCGGCACAGUUCCUCAUCCCGUCACUCGAGUCCGACAAACCCCAGGUAGCUGCCCCCUGUAAGAGGCCUCGCUUCACUACAGAGGAACCAGCCCCCGGAGCCUCACAGAUCUUCACAGCAGAUAGAAGCUCACAAGGGUACGGUCAUGGUCCUACGGAUUCUGGAAGUGCUCUGGGUCCAGACUGGCAUGAAGGAAUAGCUCUUCGAGGAGCAGAGCAGGUGUCCCGCAGAGUUUCAGUGGAGUACCAGUGUGAAGUGGACAAGAUCUUCACUUCCGAGGAGCUUCACAAAUCCCCACAGCAAACACUAAGAGCUGAGUGUGUAGGAGAGUGGCCAGUUUAUGUCCAGCUGACCAAUGGCAAGACAUUUGGCUGCGAUUUUGUUGUCAGCGCCACAGGUGUCAUUCCAAACACUGAGCCGUUUCUCCAAGGCAACACUUUUUCCUUGGCAAAUGAUGGCGGCCUACAAGUAGAUGAUCAUAUGAUGACAUCAGAGCCAGACGUGUACGCUGCAGGUGACGUGUGCACUGCAUGCUGGGAGCACAGCCCUCUGUGGCAGCAGAUGCGUUUGUGGACACAAGCCCGUCAGAUGGGCUGGUAUGCAGGCCGCUGUAUGGCAGCACAGAUCCUGUCAGAAACAGUGCAGCUGGAUUUCUGCUUUGAACUCUUCUCACAUAUUACCAGAUUCUUCAACUACAAGGUGGUCCUACUGGGAAAAUUUAAUGGUCAAGGCCUUGGGCCAGACCAUGAGCUGCUGGUGCGCUGCACCAAAGGCCAGGAGUAUGUCAAGGUGAUUCUCAGUGGAGGGAGGAUGGUAGGAGCCGUGCUUAUUGGAGAAACAGAUCUAGAAGAGACUUUUGAGAACCUGAUGCUCAACCAGAUGGAUCUGACGCCAUAUGGAGAAGAACUGCUCAACCCCAACAUUGACAUAGAAGAUUACUUCGACUGAGCUCUGCUGGAGAGUUUGAACAAUGACAAUUAGCUGUCUGAAACAGAGAUUAUAUUUGCAAUUGUAAAUGAAAUUUUUGCUUUAAAAUUAAAGUCUUUUCAAAACUGCAUGU